AUGAUUUUCAUCGCAAUGAAAGCGAAGGAACUAGUGCAGGAUCAUCCCAGAAAGAUCAUUCAUUCCUUAAAGGUCGGAUUGGCUCCAACACUUGUUUCCUUGUUCUACUACUUCCGACCGCUCUAUGAUGGUUUUGGCAUCAACACAAUUUGGGCAUUAUUAACGGUUGUGGUCGUGUUCAAGUUCUCUGUUGGAGCAACGCUGGGGAAAGGAUUGAACAGGAUGUUAGCAACAAGUGUAACUGCUGCUCUAGGAAUUGGAGCUCACAAAGUCGCGAUUCGUUCAGGAACAACCACAGAGCCAAUACUGUUAGCUUUCUCGGUCUUCAUAAUAGCUGCUCUGGUGACAUUUACAAGAUUUCCUCCUGAAAUGAAGCCAAGGCACAAUUAUGGGCUCAUAAUGUUCGAUCUGACCUUCUGCUUGGUAUCCGUAUCCGGUUAUCAAGAGAAUCAGGCAAUCACAAUGGCCUUCCAAAGAGUGUCGACCGUCGUUCUCGGUAGUUGCACCGCCAUCAUCGUGUGCAUCUGCAUUUGCCCGAUUUGGAGCAGUGAGCAGCUUCAAGAUCUGAUCGCCACAAACAUGGACAAACUCGGGUUUUUCCUAGAAGGAUUUGGCGAUAAGUACUUCAGACUAUCAGAUAAUGUGCGAUGCGAGGAAGACGGCAGACUAUUAGCAUAUCGAACUGUGUUGACAUCUAAAGACAAGGAAGAGAUGCUGGUAAUUAAACGGGUUGUUUAUCUCUGCUUCCGGACUCAGAUUUUAGGUCAAUCUGAUUCCAUUUCUUUGGAGGCUAACUUUGCAAGAUCGGAGCCUUGUCACGGUCAAUUCCGGUUUCGUCAUCCUUGGGAGCAUCAUGUGAAAAUUGGAACUCUAACUCGUCAGUGCGCCUUCAAGAUUGAAGUUCUUGACAGCUGUCUGCACUCCGAUACCCAGGUGCCCGCUAAUGUUCCAAGGAAAAUUCAAGAACCCUGCGUGGAGAUUUGUGUGUGGUCUGGCAAUUGUUUGAAGGAAAUAGCAUCAGCCAUUCAGAAAAUGACUCGACCAUCGACGUUGGUCGGUAUCCAUCUAGCUAACGCUAAGGCAGCUUCCGAAGAACUCAAGUCGCUGCUCAAAUCGGGCUGGUGGGAAGGUGCAGAUCUCUUUGAAAUAAUACCAGCUAUUUCUAUCAUUUUGUUGCUUAUCGAUGUCGCAGAAUGCCUACCGAAGAUCUUUGAGGCCGUUGACGAACUGGCCUCCCUAGCAUGUUUUAAGUGCACAGAGCCUGGAGCAUUGCGGUCACUGGGGCGUUGA